UAUCCUCUAUUUUCUUUGGUCUUUGUUAAAAAUUAAGAACUUACUUUUUGUUUAAAAACAUUAAGUUUCAUUGGAGUUUUAAUUUUUCUGUUACUUUAUUUUUAUCCUUCUUCAUUGAGAAUAUAAAAUGUCUGGCCAUGUUUCUAUUAAACUAGCAUCUGAAAGAGUUAAUCCUAGCGUUGCAUCGAAUAAUGAAAUACCCCGAUUUUUCACACCCGGAGAAGUGAUAUGUGGUCUUGGAGAUUUUAUGCGAGGCCAUGGCACCUACUUAGAAGAUAACAACAUAAAAUCCUCAGUGGCCGGUGUUAUGCAAAAAGUUAAUAAACUUAUAUGCAUACAUCCCCUGAAAAGCAGAUAUGUUGGUGAAAUUGGGGAUGUAGUAGUCGGCCGUGUCAUUGAAGUGCAACAGAAAAGAUGGAAAGUGGAAACUAACUCCCGGUUAGAUUCAGUACUUCAAUUGUCAUCUGUGAACCUGCCUGGCGGUGAAUUGAGAAGAAGGUCAGCGGAGGAUGAACAAAUGAUGCGACAGCUUCUAAAAGAAGGAGAUCUAAUAAGUGCAGAAGUUCAAAGUAUAUACUCGGAUGGUUCUUUAUCCUUACAUACAAGAAGUUUAAAGUAUGGCAAGUUACAACAAGGUGUUAUGGUAAAAGUUUUCCCAUCAUUGAUCAGAAGAAGAAAGAACCACUUUCAUGUUUUUUCCUUCGGUAUAUCAAUGAUCAUAGGCAACAAUGGCUUUAUUUGGAUCAGUCCCAUCCCCAGGGAGCUUACCAAUGAAGUUAGAAAUGUUAAUGCUGAUACAAGUUCACCGGUAACAGAAGUGAGCAAGCAUGAAAGAAAAGCAAUUGCUCGAAUGAAGAACUGCAUAGCUGCUUUAGCCUCUUCAAAAAUGAUGUUAGAUGACAAUAGCUUAAGAUAUGCAUAUGAAGAAAGUUUCAAAUACCUAAAUGUAAAAGAUCUAUUAGACCCAGAAGCGAUGCUAGAUGUUGCGUUCUUAACACAACAUCGAAUAAAUGAUUAUGAUGAAGAUUGAAA